GUUUAAGCAAAGAAUACGCCGGUUAGUUUAAAUAUCAAGCGUCCUUGGCACGGUCGGCGUAAGCCUCCAUGCCUAGAGUUGACGAGGUCUGGUCCGUUGGUUGGCUGCUCUGAAAUAUACUGCGAACUUUAGUCUGUAGCAAUACUUAUUCUAGAAUCUGUUCAGAUCUUGGAAUUUUGAAGCAGUGUUCAGUGUGUUUCCGCUCUCCAUGAUUGAUAGUCUUUCACGUAUUGGUGAUACAUUCGCCCGGUUGCCUUUCCUGUUUUUUAUUGAAUUAGUUGCAACAAAACGUGUUUCUUUCAUAUAUGAUUAUUGGAAGUUUUAUUCCAGUCAGAUAGUAUCGGUGUGUCCAUCAUUGUUUUGUCCAGAUGGAUCAAUUGUCAGUUUCAGUAUUGCAAUUGCUUUCGUCCUGUGUAUAUUCGCAUCAGUCAUGUAUAUUAAAGGCAUAGUAACUGUUGGAUUUGUGUUAACACAACUCUUACUUAUAUAUGCCAUGUUUUCCAAUUACAUGUUCUUGUUGGACACCAUCAUCUCACCGACAUUGCCGUCUGCUGCAUCACUUUCUACGCCGUCGACUACUUCAUUGUCAUUCACACUAUCGUCUGUAAUGCAACGGCAUUAUCUAUUGGGUUGUUUACUAGCCGCCAGUUCAGUUUUGUUUAUAUCAAUGUGUUCCAUGUUCAAUCGAAUACCAGUGCAUAAAUUCCGUGCAGUUAUUAUCCUGUAUCUCUUUGUCCUAUGCAUUUUCUCUAUCCCUAUUCUUAUCAAUCCAUUGUCAACAAUUCAGACUAGUGAAAAACUUCUUCUAUUAUCGCCGGCAGCUGAUUCGUUCAAAUCCCUUACAAUACAUACGCCUAACAAUGCUAGAAUCUCUCCAACAUGGUUAUAUUAUGUGUAUAUUAUGUUCAAAUCGAAUUGUUGUGCAAAAUCAGUGCAUUCUUCUUCUAGCAUAGAUUGUCAUUCACGUUCUAUUUGUCUGCCACAAUCGAGUGUUUAUCCUUUGUCAUCAUCAUCAUCAUCACCGUCGUCAUUAACAGCCAGUGAUACUCGUCAUGAAUUGUUCACUAUCGUUUCAGAGUAUACAUGUCACCAUAAAACUUUACUGAUAGUUUAUUCUUUCAUUUUAUUAUGCAUAUAUGUUAUUCUAUUAUUCUACUGUCUAUAUAUCACGGAAGCUUACAAGUCCUUGAAAGCAUCACUUAUCUCAGAGAUAGAAUUUUAUAGAUUUGGACCUGUAGAAUAUCUAGUAUUUCAUUGGGGUCGUUUACAAGUUGCCCAGAUGCUAACCUAUUUUUGGUCAUUUAAAGUAAUGUCAGUUAUUGUUCUAGGUCCGCUUUACUGGAAUGUUAUACCAGAAGGAGGUAUAGGUGGUAACACUAGUGCUAGUUUGGUUAGUUUUUCCGCGAGACCAAUCAAUUCUUCCACUUUGAUUGCUUAUGCUAAUCCAGAUACUGGUGAUUGUUCAACACUAUCUGUUCUAACUACACGAUUGUAUGUUGCUCUUCUUGUGCAUGGUUCAGAGACAUGGUUAUCUGUAUUCGGUGCAGCGGCGUUUUUUAGCGCCUUGGGUACGAUUUUUGUUUCAUUGUUAGUCUUCUUACUAGACCCGUCGGGUGAGCGAACAGCUCAGUUGGCGAUAGCAGCUGCAGACGCCCCAGCCGAUCCAAACGGUUGGAAUGUGAUUGAAGAUCCCGCAUUGGCUUUAGAUCAAAAUGAUGUCAUCGCUUUUGAUUUGCUGACUAGCAAUCGUUGGCAUUGUGCUGCUGUCUUCCUGUUUUUCGCCUUUCAAUCAGAUAUGCCUAAUCUUCAGCCAAUUCAUCGGGCUUCAUGUUGUAUGUACGGGGUUGUAGUGAUUUUCAUCACUUGUAUUCAUCCUGUUCAAGCAUUGGUUAAAUCAAUUCUUCUGCGUCUUGGUAUACCAGGCCGACAGACUAAUUGGUUGGCGCAUAUACGACCAUUGUGUUUUUGUAUUGUCCUGAUAUUUGCUGCUUUCAAUAUUUUCACGCAUUUACCUUAUAUACUGUUAUAUGAAAGAAUUGAGGUUAACAACAGUAUGAAUAAUAAUAAUAGUAAUGUCAGUACAACCUUGAUAAGUAUUGCAUCACGUCUUGGUUCAUCAGAGGAGGCAAUCCGUGCCAGACAAUUAAGGAUAUAUUUGAUUGGUUGUCAAUUGUUGCUUGGUUUAACAGUUACACUGAUUGAAUAUUCUGUUUACCAGUAUCAUCUUCGUUUUCCUGAUUGGCGAGGUUUUCGACCAGUGUUAUUCUGGAUAAAAGUGAUCAGUUCUGUAUUGGAUUAUAUAUUCUCUCUACUCUCCUUCUUAUCAAUCUGUUGGUUAUUGUUCUACGAUUCCAUUGGACUAUGUCGUCUGUUGAUUAUCUGUUGUUACCUGUUCUUCGUUCUUUAUCCAUCAGCGCAUAAAGCUUAUACAUGGAUUCGGUGGAAAUUAUUAUUCAACAAGAAUUUAAACGAUCUAGUUCAUCCGACUAGUGAAGAUCUGAAAACAUUCGGUGAUACCUGUCCAAUAUGCUAUACUGAAAUGACAAUACCUACAGCGAAGAUUACGCGUUGUGGCCAUCUGUAUCAUAUAAAUUGUCUUGUUGAAUGGAUGAGACGUCAAUUUUUCUGUCCAAUGUGUCAUGCAGAUUUAUUGUCGAGUCGAGUAACCGAUCGAAGGAAUUUAAGCGAUCGUCGAAAUGAUGAAUAAGGCGGCUGACAGGAAUAAAAAACUGCACAUAUAGAUAGAUAUAUAUGUGUGUAUAUGUAUGUAUGCAUUGUAUCAUUACCAUUGACGAAUAUCAUUACUAACACUACUGUUAUUAUUAUUAUUAUUAUUGUUAUCCUCAUCAUCCCCAUUAUGCCCAUUGCCACUGUUUCACUAAACUGUGUGUAUACGUUUCAGAUAUCACGAAGACCAUUGCCUUUCAAUAUUUUAUUGUAAAUGAUGACUAUUGUUAUUGUUUCCUUUCCCAUGCAUCCAUCCAUCCUAUCUAUCUGUAUAAAAGUGUUAAUGAGUGAGUGAGUCAGUGGGUGUGUGACUUCCAAGUCCCGUUUUUCUGUACCACUUACAAUCACACACACCACACAGAUGUGAAAUCAUGUUAUAUUUCUUUAGAUUUUAUUUUCAGGCCUACUAUUGUUGUUAUUGUUAUUGUUAUCGUUGCUGUUGCGUAUUUUUGUUUUAGUGUAUAAGACUAAACAAAAAAACUAAAGAGGCAAACUUGAGAUAACUACUAUCCUGUUUUUUGUUUCUCCGUGUAUUUCCCUUUUAAGAUUUAUGUAAUUAUUAUUAUUGCUAAAAGAUGAUGUAUCCGUGUUGUUGAAGUUACUUUUGGUUGUUAAAUAAAUUUAUAAUUACUAGUA